AUGGCCAAGUUCUCCUUUGACGACGCCGACGAAGACCCUCCGGCCUUCUCUUCCGAGGGCGAAAAGAGAAAGCGCGAAGACGGCCCAGCCGAAGCGGCGGCCGGCGGAGGAUCUUCGAAGGCUCGAAUUUUGGCGGUCGAGGGCGAAGAGCAGGAUGGAAGCGCGGUGGUAGGGGCGGCGAGGGCUGAAGGGAACGACCGUAAUUUGGAGACGGUCGUUGGCGGAGAGGCUGACGGGAUUAGUGUGCGCAUCGACCCGGAUGUGCUUGAUUGCUCCAUCUGCUUCGAGCCCCUCCAACCGCCCCUCUACCAGUGCCAAAAUGGCCAUGUAGUGUGCUUUUCCUGCUGGUCUAGGCUCACCAACAAAUGCCACAUUUGUUCUCGUGAUGCUAACUUUGUACGAAACAUUGCACUGGAGAAGGUUGUUGAGUCAGUUAAGUCAUCCUGCUCAUAUGCCAAAUGGGGCUGUAACAAGUUGGUCAGCUAUGCAUGCAGAAAUGCUCACGAAGAAUCCUGCCUUUACGCUCCUUCAAUGUGUCCUAUUCCUGGUUGUGGGUACAGAGGAUUCACUGGAUGGUGGUCAGUACAUUUCCUUACAAACCAUAAUAGUGAUGGGCUGCGCUUCUCCUAUGGUCAGUGUUUCAAAGUGAGUUUGGAAAUGUCAGUUCCUUUUCUGGUUCUUCUAGCAGAGGAUGAUCACCUAUUCAUUUUCAUCAACAAGAACGUGGUUCCCUUUGGCCAUGCGCUUUCAGUGUGUUGCCUUAGGACUGGCAAUCUGAAUUGGAAUUUCUUCUAUGAAAUGAGAGCAACUAGUAAUGGAAACACUGAAAACAGUCUGCAAUUGAAGGCUUCUGUCACAGAUACGAGGGAGUGGCAAGGUCUCAAUCCUACAGAAGCUUUCCUUUUGGUUCCAUAUGCCUUCAGCAAAGCUAGCAAACUUACACUAAAUGUCUCUAUUGAGAGGGUUGCUGAUGCGAGGUGA